UCCCCCUCUCAUGUUUUUGACACACGCGUUGGGUGCAGGCGUGUGUUCGCUGCACGCGUGCGGUUGCAUGUGUAGCUUUGUUACGAGCAUUUAUCGUGGGUUCCCUCCAUGCAUAUUUAUUUAUUUUUUUUUCCCCCUUUCUUUGCAUCUGCAGGGGCGCAUGGAAUAUCUCGUAAAAUGGAAGGGCUGGUCUCAGAAGUACAGCACUUGGGAACCCGAGGAGAACAUCCUGGAUGCCCGGCUGCUCGCGGCCUUCGAGGAGAGCUUUGGUUCUUUUGACACCUCUAGGGAGCGAGAAAUGGAGCUAUUCGGGCCUAAAAAGCGCGGCCCCAAACCCAAAACCUUCCUGCUAAAGGCCCAGGCGAAGGCCAAAGCCAAAACCUACGAGUUCCGCAGCGACUCAUCCAGGGGUAUCCGGGUGCCGUACCCCGGGCGCUCCCCGCAGGAGUUGGGCUCCACGUCCCGGGCGCGGGAAGGACUCAGGAACAUGGCCCUGGCCCCGCAGGGCAGCGGCAGCAGCAGCGUGCCCAAAGCGGACGGCGUGCGGGACCGCGUCCUCCGGGUGGAGGAGAAACCCGGGGAGACCCCCAAAAAACGGGGCCCGAAACCCAGGAAGGAGCUGUACAAGGACCUGGCGGAAACUCUGGACGCCUCCAAGAGGAAACUGGGGGAGCCGGGGGACAAGGUGGGGGACUACCUCAAGGCCAGGAAGAUGGAGGAGGCGGCGGGCGCCGCCAAGUUCUCCUCGGGACACAGCGUCAUCCAGUUGGCCCGCCGGCCCGAGCCUGACCUGGCCGGCACCGUGCCCGGCCCCAACCGCCUGGAGGUGGGCACCAAGCUGGGCGCCGCCGACCCCUACGCACCGCGCGUGGCCAAGCACCGCUCCGACCUGCUGGACCCCAAAGGGCCGGGCGGGCUGGACCCCAAACUGCUGCACGGAGCCGUGGGGCCCGGCCCCGGGGGGGGGCUGUUCCGUGACGGUGGGGGCCCGGCGGGGCGACCCUCCCUCAUCGCCCGCAUCCCGGUGGCGCGGAUCCUGGGGGACCCCGAGGAGGAGUCGUGGAGCCCCUCGCUCAGCAACCUGGAGAAGGUGGUGGUCACCGACGUGACCUCUAACUUUUUGACCGUCACCAUUAAGGAGAGCAGCACGGACCAAGGAUUCUUUAAGGAGAAGCGAUGAGUUCCCGCUGGUGGUGGUGGUGCUGGGGCUUUUCUUCGGGCUAGAUCCAGACAAAAGCUUGGUUAGAGCUUGGUGGGCUUUUUUUUUUUUUUUUUUCCUUUUCUUGUUUUGAUUUUUAUUUUUUUUUUUAAUUUCCCGG